AUGACGGCGUCGCGGGUCAUCAAGCUCCCUCGGGACGACGACGAAUCCGCCUAUGUCCUCAUCCAGGUCGUCCAAAAAGGCUCCAAACCCUUGGACGUGAAGCUCGUUGGAACAGAAGGCGCAGCUCCAUAUGCGACGACUUUGAAACAUGAUCGCGUGUCUUCGCUACGAGUAGCAAACUGCCCCGUCUCCGAGUCAGAAUGGCAGACGAUAUUGCAAUCCCUGUUGGAACUACAGCCAACUGGAGACAUACAAGCAACAGCUAGCAUCAAGAGCGAGGCUUCACUCUCAAUCACAGUUCGGAAGCGAGUCCAAGGAAUCACACAACGACUCGGCUCUAUAGAUCUCAAGUAUAACGAAAACGAAGGCAUCGAGCUUUUCGAAUGGUGUGCCGACUCAAUCGAUGCGUUGACACAGAGCAAACAAGCCUUGGCCGAAGCCAGCACGCACGCAAAGGAGCUGGAAAGCACCGUAAAGGAGCUCAAGGCAGAGCUGGAUGAGCUGGUAAUGGCGAAGCAAGAAGACGAAACAUCCCUGCUCAUGAAAUUCAGAGAGCUGCUGAAUGAGAAGAAAGUCAAGAUACGAGAGCAGCAAAAGAUCCUCGCUUCCGGCUCUUUCCAGAACAGCCAGCCAGCAUCGCAACGGUUUUCUCAGCCGGCGGACCCUGAGCCGUCUCGCACGCCCGCCUCGUCUCGGCCUAGGAAACGGAAAGUCCAGAUGGAAUCCCCGCAGCGUGAUGCAGAAGAGGAGGAGGAUGUGGAGGAGAUGGAGCUGGACGAGAUCAAGGCUGAGCCCCAAGAGAGCGACCGGGAGGCCACUGCGGAAGACACGGCAUCCACUGCUAGCGAAGAUGACGAUCAAGGCGACGAGGGUGAUGAAGGUGAUGAUGAUGGAGCGAGAGCUGGCAGAAGCUCUAAACCUGCACCCAAGGCACCGCCCCCUACAAAGAAACCGGUGGAAAAGCCGCCCGCUCCGAGACACCUCCCUUUUACAAGAAAGGCAAAGGCGGCGGCGACGGAGAAAGCACCAGAGGCAGACAUUGAGACGGAUUCUGACGAUGAGCUAUGA